AAAAAAAGUGUAUUUAAUCAAUUUUAGAGUAAGGCUGUAAUGUAACAAUAUGUGGAUAAAGUCGUCAAGGGGUCUGAAUACUUCCCGAAUGCACUGUAGCUAUAUCCGAAUUUGCACACAUCAACUCUUUUAGACAAUUCUUUUAAACAAGCAAAAUAAAUAAGUGUUCAAUCAUUACUGAGUGAAUGAACAACAACAAAAGCUUCCUUUCAUCACCAGACUGUCUAUUUAAAUAGUGUCGAGAUAAUGUGUUCAUGACAGGGUUCGUAGCAUAAGCGUUAAUGUCAACACCAUGGAAUCUUGAAGGGUUACCACAGCAACAAAAUCCAAAUAUUUUCCAUAAAAUAAAUGUUAAAAUGUUCUAACUCAUUUUCAUUGGGAAGGCAGAUACAGCAUUAUUAUCAAAAGCAAACCCUUUCGCUUGAGAACACAAUCCUAGUAACUACCACCCUCUGGGGGUUUGAUUAAUCCCGGCUGGGUGUCAAUGUAGGCGUGUUUUGCAUUGGCUGAAAGUUGAUUGCAUUCGAUUUGGAACCAGGCUGCCUGCUGGACGUGAGCCAAGUGCCAUGUUCAAAGCAAACGGCGAAGUUGGCUCAAAAACAAAAGUGACCUAUUUAAAGCAUGUGUAGUAAUUACUAGGAUUCUGUGUUUUCCCAGGCAAAAGGGAUUGCUUUAAAAAAAAAAAAGAUUUUAUCUGCCUUCCCAAUGAAAACUAGUUCGAAUUUCAAACAUUUAUUUUUAUGGAAAAGAGAUGUUGUAUGUUUCUGGACAAUGCACCAUGCUGCCUUGUUAACAAAAUGACAGAGCAGGGCGAUUUACUGCGUCGAUUUGAGAAGGGCGCACCUCCCUCCGCGCUCUCCAGGGCGACAACCCUACUGGUGCCCCCGCCUCUUCUUCUGUGGGGUUUAUCGGCAGAUGGCAUCCAACGUUAUGAUGCAUUACCGCCACCUACUGUACUGGAGCGGUCCCACCUGUGUACCAGAGUCCUAGCUUAAAAAUGUACCAAUAAAGGUAUAAAAAGAGUUUCCUGCAGAUGCAGGAAUGCCCACAUGCAGGAACAACCCAAAUUGUGUGCCGCAAUUGCACCCUGCUCCGUCUUGCUGCUACGGAGAAGAGUACAGUGGAGACUGGAGAGACCAACCCUCAUCCUUCAGAUGUGCUCCACCCCUAUGAGCUCCUCACCAGAUGGCCUGGUGUCCAUUCUGAAAAGGAGGAGGGCGUCGUUAGAUGGCCUGCCCCCAGAGGGUCCCGAUGCAGCCAAACAGAACUCCAAACGCAAGGUGCGCUUCAGCGAGCCAGAGGAUGGCAUGGAACCAGGUAAGCCGGAGUUAAGGACUGAAGUUGAAAUCAUUGUGGCUGAUGUUUCCCAAGCAGAUUCAUUGGCCAUCAUGUGCCAACAAGGACUGGUUGUUCUCAACUGUGUGGGGCCAUACAGGUUCUAUGGUGAGCCAGUGGUUAAGGCCUGCAUAGAGAAUGGAGCCCACUGCGUAGACAUCUGUGGAGAACCUCAGUUCCUGGAGAGAAUGCAACUGGAGUACCACAGCAGAGCGAUGGACAGUGGAGUGUAUGUGAUUGGCAGCUGUGGCUUUGACUCCAUACCAGCUGACAUGGGCAUCCUGUACACAAAGAACCAGUUUAAAGGAACACUGACAGCUGUGGAGAGCUUCCUGACUAUACACACUGGUCCUGAGGGAGGCUGUGCCCACGACGGCACAUGGCAGUCCGCCAUCUACGGCUUUGCAGACAGCGGCUCCCUGAGGAAGCUGAGGAAGAAAUUUGGCCACCAACCUCUCCCAGUUGUAGGAGCCACGGUCAAGAAGAGGGGUAGCCUCUUCUUCAGUAAGGAGAUUGACCAGUAUGCCAUACCCUUCAUGGGCUCAGACCCAUCAGUAGUCAGGAGAUCCCAGCGCUUCCUAUAUGAGGGCCAUCAGGAGUUACCAGUCCAGUACUCUGCAUAUGUAGGGGUCGGUGGCGUCUGGUCGUUGAUAAAGAUGUUCUGUGGUGGCCUGCUCUUCUGGUUCCUAGGGAAGUUCGGCCUGGGAAGGAAGCUCCUCAUUACGUUUCCAGAGUUCUUCUCCUUUGGCGUGUUCACCAAGGCUGGACCCAGCAGGAAGCAGAUGGAGGGAACAUCUUUCAGUCUGACGUUUUUCGGGGAGGGCUAUGCUGAGGGGCUGGACCCGUCUCAGGGAAGACCCAACGCUAGGAUCUGUACCCAGAUACACGGAGCAGAGCCUGGCUAUGUAGCCACACCUGUUGCUAUGGUACAGGCAGCUAUCACUGUGCUGAAUGAACCACAAUUCCUUCCUAUAAAGGGAGGAGUGUACAGUCCAGGAGCUGCAUUUGCCAGGACAACUCUCAUUGACCGCCUCAACAGACAUGGCCUGGUGUUCUCAGUGAAGAGAUUCUGACGAGAGGGUCUGAGAAAAAGGACUCCUGCCUGUGCCCAAUCCCAACCCUUAGGACAUGUUUUGCUGCUAAAUUCUGGUGCAUUUUUGUGCAUCUGUGUGGCGGUGGCAUUUCUAUUAUAUCUGAGAGGUUUGGAUUUGAACAGUUCUUUUGUUAGCAAUAUAGAAAUGGGUAAUAUCUUCACUUUGCCCUCUGGUGGGCUUGUUAGUAUAUUCACCAUAUUGCUUAUACCCAUCCAAUCCUUUCAGAUCUACAUGAAGUGCCAUGGUGUACAGGCGAAUUAGGGUGUUGAGCGAUACUCGAACCCCCUAUCACCCCCUAGCCCUAGUCCCACCAGCUCUGUGUAUCUAUUGCUUAACGCGAUGACUGCUGUGGUCAAAUGUUAGAGGAAAUACUGGAUGUCAAUAUUAGGUCACAUGGACAAACCUCAUCCCCUUAAAGUUGUAUCUGUCUCCCCUUAAAGCCGUACACUAUCAGGCUGAGGACACAGGCAUUCAGACAUCCGGCCACAUUGUUACCAUUCUCGUCUGAAGUCUGUGUGUCUCUCGUGGCCCGUUUCAACUGUCCUUUUAAUGGCUUCAGAAUUUUGGUCAUGCAGAGGUGUCACUCAAUCUCUCGAUGGGUUUCAAAUCAAUUGUCCGUAAACCAAGUGACUUAUUCGUGUUGUUAAUGUGUAAGGGAGUGUCCUUGACCCAGAUUACAGCUCUCCACAGUAGGAUGUAGUGGAUGACUAGUCUAAGGGCUGUUGUGUGGUCUUGUAGCCAAGAAAGGACUGUGGCCUCUCGGUUCUUUAUUCUGUGUUUUAAUUCACAUUUUAACACACAUAUUUUGCCACAGUGUGUGUGCGUGUGCUCGUCACAUGGCAUUUAAUCAGACUAGUCCAAGGGCAUUAUAAGAAAGACUUUGGGUGUUUCAGAUACUUCCGGAUAAUACCAGUUUUUUAUAAACGUGGUCCUAUUCUGUUUUUGUGUUAUAUAAAAAUAACAAGCAACGCAGUACAUACUGCUCUGUACAAGUAUAAACACACACAUAUGGUAACCUGAAAAUGUAAUGACAAAUAUCGCCUCAGACUGCGACCUAAAUCAUGUUUAUAAGCUAACAAAAAUGGUUUCAAAUGAGGUCUACACCAAUGCCCAUCAGCACAUUCAGGACCCAACCUCCCCACUAGGUGGUGGGGUUUCUCUAAUUACACAUUCCCUUCCCACUUCCCAAAUAUUUACACGCCACUAACUAGAUGAGCUGUCAGUUAAGGUCAUUCGCCUGUGAGAGGAGACAUGGGAUGGUACAAUAUUUAACCUCAAAUAAAAGUCCAUGUAUACACUUUUAGCCAGAAUGGAUGGGGGAGGCGGGGUUUAUCAUGGGUAACAGAUGUGGUUACGUGAAUGAGGAGGGUCAAGGUUGGAAGGACCUGGGAGGCAUUGUCUCUAGACUGUGACUCAACCUCCUUUCUCUUCCCUCCUUAGCCUCCCUUCCCUCUUCAGCUCUGUCUCUCCCCUUCCACCACCACUAUCGCAACAACUCUGUUAGCAGAGCAUUACAGAGAGAGAGACAGAGAGAGCAGUGUUCUCGUUCUACUGUAGUGAUACAGAGGGAAAUAGACAGGUUUGUUCAAUCAUAAAACUGUGGGAGAGUAAUUGUUAAGUAGCGUGGUUAAGUACAGGGUGCAUAGCAUAGCUAUACGUGUUGCUGAGGAAACGAACAGGGAAAGGGAGAAGGAGAGCAAGACAGGAGGAUGCAGUGGUCUGUUUCCCUAUGCACAUAGGCUACAGGAGCCCCAUCCCUCUUCCCUGCUCUCCUCUCCCUACCCCACAUCCAGCCAUCGUGGGUGUGAUGUUAUUCAUGCUCUCUCCCUCUCCUUUCCCCUCAUCUCUUCAUCCCCUCUUCCGUCUCCCUCUCCUUUCCCCUCAUCUCUUCAUCCCCUCUUCAAUCACCUUUCUACUCAAUCCUCUCCUGCUGUCUUGUCUCCUCUUCACUUCUCCUUUGCUCUCUCCCACUCUCCAUCUCCUCUCUUAUCCUCCCCUCUUCUGACUGAUCCCUUCCUCAGUCCAGCAAACAGCCUCCACCCUACCAGUUAGGCAUGAUGUUUAGAGUGGGCUGCUGAGCAAAACACCUAUCGGGUGCUCCCAGCCCUGCAUUCACUCUCUAUUUAACUAUCUCUCGCUCCCUUUCUCUCUUGUCUUUUCUGUUCUUCCUUUCUUUCUCCUCUGACUUUCUGUUUACCUUAUCUCUCCUCCCCGCUAUCUCUUUCUAUUUCUUUCUUUCAUCCUCUUGCUGUCUCUCUCUGUCCUCUCUCUCUCAGUGGUGACCCAUCAUUCAGGGCAGGUGGGGCCUGUUUUGCAUGUUAUUUUGGCAUUAAUACAUGUCACAAAUCAGUGAGGAAACAAUGUAAAAAAUAAGUUAUUGAUUUAAUAAAGACGCAUAAAAACAUGUUU